GGGCCUACCUCUUCUCUCCCAAGAUGCUGAAAAGCGUCCUGUGUACGCUGUUGUUCAUGGGAGCCUUGCCAUCAGUGGCUGAGAUGUCCCAGGGUCACAUCUCAGUGGUCUUGCUGGGAGCCACAGGUGAUUUGGCCAAGAAGUAUUUGUGGCAGGGUUUGUUCCAGCUCUACAUGGACCAAGUGAGCAGUGGCCACAGCUUCACUUUCCAUGGGGCUGCCCUGACAGCUCUGGAGCCAGGGCAGAGGCUGAUGUUCGAUGUGCUGAAGAAGCUGGCGUGUCCCCCCGACGAACCUCCCAACCGGUGUGCUGUGCUCAAGGACCAGUUCCUGAAGCUGAGCCAGUACCACCAGCUGAAGUCUGCCGAAAACUACACUGUGCUGAACAGAGAGAUUGAGACGCAGCUUCGCCAGGAGGGGCUGAAGGAGGCUGGAAGGAUCUUCUACUUCUCAGUACCACCAUUUGCCUACACAGAGAUCGCCCGCCACAUCAACAGCAGCUGCAGACCCCCUCCGGGAGCCUGGCUGCGUGUGGUGCUGGAGAAACCUUUUGGCCACGACCUGGAGUCAGCCCAGCAGCUGGCUGCAGAGCUGACCACCUUCUUCAGGGAAGAAGAGAUGUACCGGGUGGACCACUACCUUGGCAAGCAGGCUGUAGCCCAUAUCCUGCCUUUUCGAGAUCAGAACCGGCAGUUUCUGGCCGAAAAAAUAGUAGAGAUUGUCUUGAAAUAGACUGUGGAUGCUAAAGGCCGCACCAGCUUCUACGAGCAGUACGGAGUCAUCCGGGAUGUGUUGCAGAACCACCUCACGGAGGCCCUGAUGUUCCUGACCAUGGAGCUCCCAGCCAACGUGAGCAGGGCCGAAGAGGUUUUGCAGUGCAAGCUGCAGGCCUUCCGGUCCUUGCGGCGCCUGGAGAAAAAAAGUGCCGUGUUGGGUCAGUAUCAGGCGUACGCCAGCCACGUACAGGAGGAACUGCAGAAGUCACAAGACUACGUCAGCACAACACCAACCUUUGCAGGUGUGCUGAUUCACAGCGACAGCCUGCGUUGGGAAGGGGUCCCUUUCCUCCUCACUUCAGGGAAAGCUCUGGAUGAACGGGUAGGUUAUGUCCGUGUUCUCUUCAAGAACCGGGCCUACUGCACUCAGAGCGAGCCUCUGAGGGAUGCAGGGCACAGCCAGUGCAAAGCCAAGCAGAUCGUCUUCUACAUUGGGCACGGUGUGCUCAGCACCCCCGCAGUGCUCGUGAGCAGGAACCUUUUCAGGCCUGUCAUGCCGGAAGGCAGUUGGAGGGAAGCAGUGGGAUGGUCAGACCUGCACGUUUUUGGACAGCCGUUGUCUGAUUACUACGUGUACAGCCCUGUGAAAGAGAGAGAUGCCUAUUCUGUCCUCAUCUCCAACAUCUACCACGGCAGGAAGGACUUCUUCAUUACCACUGAGAACCUGCUGGCCUCCUGGGCAUUCUGGACACCACUGCUGAGCAGCGUUUCCCGCCAGCCCCUGCGCCUCUACCCCGGGGGCGUGGAGAACCAGCACCUCUUAGACUUUGAAAUGGUGAGCGGGGAAGUGGCAUUCACGCUGGCAGAGCCGGUGCAGCUGCUGCACCCCCACAGCCUGAUGCCAAGUGAUUACAGGACGAUCCAGUCCAAGUUUCGGCAAAGUCCCUUGGUCUCGGCGUGGUCUGAAGACCUGAUUUCCCGUCUGGCUUCUGACAUCGAGAAGACGGCAAGCAGGACUGUGGCACGCUCUGGGCAGUUCCACCUGGCCCUCUCAGGGGGCUCAAGCCCAGUGGUCCUCUUCCAGCGGCUGGCAAGACACCAUUAUGCCUUCCCGUGGAAGCACACCCACAUCUGGCUGGUCGAUGAGCGCUGUGUCCCUCUCACUGACGCCGAGUCCAACUUCUUCAGCUUGCACGACCACCUCCUCCUGCGUGUCAGGGUGCCCUACUUCAACGUCCACCCCAUGCCCGUGCACCUGAACCAGCGGCUCUGCGUGGAAGAGGACGGAGGCACGGAGUUGUAUGCCAAGGAGAUCAUGGCUCUGGUGGCCAAUGCCAGCUUUGACCUGGUGCUGCUGGGGGUGGGCACUGACGGGCACACCGCCUCGCUCUUCCCCCACUCUGAAGAGGGCUUGGAAGGGGCUCAGACGGUGGUGCUGACUGAAAGCCCUGUCAAACCUCACCAAAGGAUGAGUCUUAGCCUACCCCUCAUCAACAGGGCCAAGCAGGUCUUUGUCCUGGUUUUGGGGAAGGGUAAGCAUGACAUCACCACCCUGAUCAGCAGAGUGGGCCACCAGCCAAGGAAGUGGCCUAUCUCGGGUGUCAGCCCCAGCUCGGGCCAGCUGGUGUGGUAUGUGGAUUACGAAGCUCUGCUUGGGUGA